AUGGACACGUCCUCUAAACUGGUGGAGGAAAGUGGAGGAUGUCACUGUCACGGCGCCGCAUUGCUCUGCUCCAUCCUCUGCGCUCCUGGGGGCAGGUGUGGGGGGUGGGGGGGUGGGCAGCAGCCAGAAAGGCCAGCGGCAGACAGCCUGUGGAUGUGUGCGCUGGGGGUCAAACUCGUCACAAUCACGGCGGUGUACAGAUGUGUGUACAGUACAGGCGCCUCCGUCCUAAAGUAUUUGUAA